GCCCCUCUGAAAUUGGAGAAAACACCCGCACACCAGUUUUAGCUAUAUGUCCUGAUACGGAAACGUAAGGUAAUGGCAGCAGGAAAGUGCCUGCGUGUAUAUCUUACUACCUCCAUUGCGUGUGUGCGCCUUAGUUGUGCUUAAAGUAGGAGGAUCCGCCCUGCGUCUUUGUUGCGCGCUUUGACGUUACAGACUCUGCCCUGCGUGUCAUGUUCUGUGCUGCAGACUGGCGAGUCGGUGCAGCUGUCGCAUUGCUUUUGAGAUUUUUUAAGUCUACGCAAAGGAGAAGAAAGAAUUAAGAUACUAAAGAACUAGAGUCGUUUCGUGUGGAUAGGAUCAUCCUUUUUUUUCCCCCCAGCAAUGGCUAAAUAUACUGCUUGGAUCCUGGUAGUAACAUUUUAUCUUCUUUGUCUGAAAGGGUCAGCCCAAGAUUUUGACCUAGCAGACGCCUUGGAUGACAAGCCUACGAAGCCACCGACAGUCAAGCCAAACCCUAAGGUGCCUGGAGGUUCUUCUGACUUUGAUUUCGACUUCGACUUCCCUGCUAAAAAGACCACAACAAAGGCUCCGAAAGUGACCACCACCACCACCAAAGCACCCCCGAAGCCCAAACCAAAGCAAGAUCUGAAUCGGAAAGGGUACGGUGACCCCAUUGUGCGUCCAGGUCUGAGACCAGGCCCCCACACUGCCACCAAACAACCCCGAACCCCCAGACCACCAUCUAAGGGGAAGGCUGCUUCUGAUGAUCUCAACCUCGCUGAUGCCUUGGAUGAGAACAAUGAUAUCGGCGGGAAAGACCAGAACAAAAAUGGAGAUAAAGGAGUAGUUCCUGGCUCCCGAGGUGAUGACGGCCCUACUGGAGGAGACAAGAAGGGUGGGACGUUCACAGAUGAAGACCUGGAGGACAUUUCCAAGGGUGGUGGCUACUCCCCAGAUAAAAAACCAGACCGUGGUAGAGGAUCAGCCUCAUCUGAUGAUACCAACUACGACAGCACGGCCGAGACCGGAACCAUCGCAGGUAUCGCCAGUGCCCUCGCUAUGGCGCUGAUCGGAGCCGUCUCCAGCUACAUCUCCUACCAGCAGAAGAAGUUUUGCUUCAGCAUACAAGAGGGUCUAAAUGCCGAGUAUGUGAAAGGAGACACGUUGGAAGCUGUCGUCGCUCAGGAGCCUCAAGUCCAGCAGACCCUCCUCCAGUCUCCUUCCUCAGAGCCGCCCGCUCAGGACUCCAACAAGGUCUAGCUGUGGCCAGGAAGGGCUCUUCCAGGACACUUCCUCUGAGAACGUAGUUUGAAAAGCCGUCUACUCCCUUGGUUGUACUUGUGGUGUCAGCUCCUUAAUGUCACUCUACACAGCUUUUAAUUAGGUGGAAGACAGACCCAAAAGCCUGUUACGGUCUAACGCUUUCCAAAGAAAGGACUGAAGGGGUCACCUCGAGAUCCGGGACAUUCUGAAGAAUUCUAUUCUUGGUUAAUUAUUCUUUCAGGUUGGACACGACGCUUCCUUGCAGAAGACGUUAAGGUGUGUGCCUCAGACCUUUGCUCUCCCCUUUUCCAAUUUCUACCAGUGAAAGUGAAGUGAAGACCCUGCAAGGCCUCAGUUUGUUUUCCAGGGGGACACGAUGCCUGAGGCAAGCUUGAUGAGAACAGCUAUUUGUUGAUAUAAGGAACACUUGAAAGUUGAUUUAUUUUCAACAGCAGAUUUCUCUUUCCCACUCACAAUUAACACCUCGAGGAAAGACCCAUGACCCCAUCCUGGACCCUCUUGACUUAAAGCCGUUUAGACAUGUCCAGUUAUGGCAGUCUCCACACAGACAAGUCAGUCUGAGUGACCUUUUAGAUUGGAAGACCUUUUAUUUCAUUUUUGUCUCAUAGCGAAGGUUGUUUGGAUGAACAGAAAUAUGUGGAGAGACGUUGAAAAUGCAGCAAAUGCUAUUGGAUCCAGAACACAUUUGUUGUGUUUUUAAUUCCUCUCAGCACACAUAAUAAGGAAUUUCAGUCUUAACUUCCUCAAUUUAGCUCUCUGUAUUUCUUCGGAUACCGUCUCCUCUUUAUCUGAAUGAUUUUCUUUAAUCUGAUUUGAGGUAUCUGUAGGGGUUACUGUUGAAAGAAAGCAAAGCCUUUAGUGAGUGCAGCUGUAUGUGCUUUGUAAUUUAAUUGAAAUACCUGUAACACUGCACAUUUUUUGCAUUAGUGCCUCAUGAUAGUACUGAAAACUGCCUUUUCAAAAACCCACAACUUGAACUGGAAAGACUGCUUUGUUCCAAAACAUGGCCAGUAGAAUCUGGUUCUAGUGUGCAAAUUGACGCAAAUGAACUGUGAAGGAGAAUUUUGACUGUCGAGAGAUCUGGGGUGCCACAGUAAAUGGAUUUAGGAGAUACUCCUAACCUUUUUACUAGCACAUUACUGUAUAUUAUUUACACUGGCAUUUUGACUGUAUGAAACUAUGACCAUUUUUGGUCAUUUGGUACUCCUGCUUCCGUCAAUUAUUUUAUGUUUCUUUUAGUGUAUUAAUGACCUUCUGUCUUCCUCCUAAUUCGGCACAUCAGUGCAAGUGCUUUUCAAGGGUGGCUUCCUGUACUUCAGUGCUCCCUGGGGGAACAGGGGCACUUUGGGAUCCAUGUGACUUUUAGCACUAUACCCAAAACAAAAUGUAGGGCUGUCAGAGGAGUUGAGUUGAUUCUCAUAGCUAAACGGAAGUUUAUUCAAAGCAGUUCAUCCAGUCCCAUAUUUUGUGCAUAAAGGCAUAGUGCAUUUCCCAAAUACUACAUCUUGACUUGGGCAGUGAUUUUCUAAAAACUUUUCUGCUUCUUACAGUGUCCAAGUCACUAGCCUUCAGCUCUACAACUUUGUCAAAGUGCUUUUUUUUCCUCACACUAACUUUUUUCUAUGUAGGACCGUGAUUUAAUGUACUGUAACUGUUGUAGGGUAAAUUACUGUUUCUAGAUCGCGUUGUUGGGUGCUGAAUUGUAAUGUAGUUUUAGCGCUAAUGGAUUAUCUUGUUUGUCCUAGUAUAUUGGUUAAUUAAUAUUGUGGAGUCCUAUGUAUUUGAAGUAUCUCCCCUGACUGCAGUACAAUCCUGCCUACCAAGCUUUUAUACAAACAGGUUAAUUGCUGUUGUGCUGCAGAUGGGAGAUGUUGUUUGUGGAUAAUCAGGGCUGUGCACCUUCUUACUGCAUGGCCUGGAUAGGUUCCUCAGCAGGCUCUGUAGAUUGAAGAUUGUCAGUGUACUGAAUCUGUGGAAUGUAUUGUUUUAUUCUUUGAAAUUUCUGAUUAUGGCACUGAAGCCAUUUCCUUUUCAGUGAGUGGAAGAAAGACAGUGCAGUGUCAGUUUUUACCUUGCGCGAUUUGUCUCCCCCCCCCCCCACGAGGUGAAUCGCCAAGUAGCAGCGUCUUCACAUCUCUCUGUUAAAACUGGAUUUAAACAAGCAGGUUUAUUUGAAGUUUGAAGUAUUUCAAACUUGAGAAAUGAAAAAUGGCUUUUUCAAACCCCCCACUACCUCUAAGACAAUUCAACAAUGUUAUGUUACUAGACUAUUGAUCCUUGUCACAGAUCACCAGAGCCUUCUCCACUGCUCCAUACACAGACCUGUCUACAUGGCCGUGUGUAUGUGGGGUACUUGCUAUUGUAACGUCCAGUUUAACUGCUCCAAAACAGCAGUUGGAACAUUUUCCUAUCAAUGUGAAGUCGCAUGACCUAAAGCCAAUUACCACUAAGCAAAGUCCCCACUGUGUGAGGUGGUGCUUGUCUUGAAACAUGAUUUAGGGUCACAAAAUCUUAAAUCUCAACAGACCCCGGUUGGGAGUAUUUAACACCACACUCCGUUUCACACUGCCGAUUUUUCUUGCACCGCUAUCCACGUGGUGAAUAUGCAUUGGCCAUCCAUGACCCUUGACCCUUCUGAGGAGUCAGGAAGUGAUCUCGCCCAUCAGUGGGGCACUUCAUUGGCGGCAUGGCAACACGUCAGGAAGUUCUUUCCUGUCAACGAUAAGAAGCAGAAUUCCAGAUAUGGUCCCUGGCCCUUGGGCUCUGGAUUUCAGUGGGGUUUUCGAGUAAUGAACAAAUGGCAGAAGCGUUUAACUGAAGGUUUAUCAGCUUUCUCUGCUGAUAAUUCAAAGAGACCUAGACAAAUUGCUGGAUUCAAGAUCUUGAGGGCAGGAGGUGGGAGCCCUCGUCUUCACUUCUUGUAUCCCUGGUACUUGACACAGUCUCUCUGUGGAAGUCCUCUUUGUUUCUUUGACUGUUUAAAUGUUAAGCAGUCUCCUUUAUGCUCGUCUGUCCUGUUGAAUAUGCUUGCUUAACAGCUUGCCUUCUGGUUCUUGAGCUGUCAGGCUUUAAAACCUGUCACAGUUCAGCCCCUAGUUAUUUAUAACAAAAGGGCUGUUAUUCCUAGGCAUGCUUUCAGAUGUACAUUUUCUAUUAAUAAGCUCUGAGUUUUUAUACGAUCAAUUCAACACUGUGAGAUGUAGGUUAUAAAAGAAGGGUUAGAAAUAUAACCCACAGAGCUUUUUCAAUCCUAGAGGGCUGAAGAACUUGUUUUCUUUAUCGAUUAAUUUUAAAUAGCACCUCUCAUUGGAUAUACAUGAGGUUGCAAGAUUGAAUAGAAGCAAAAGCACUUUCAAACCUGAAAAGUGAGAGUGAGGUCAGAUGAGCCUGAAUGUAUCUUAAUAAUAAUUCCAUACAUUUACAUUUUUGUAUUUUUCCAGACACUCCACUCAAAACUCUUUACAGGUAAUGGG